GAUGCCGCUGGUGCUGUCUCGCCUGCCUUUACGUCAAAUUCAUGGCCGGCCGUCACCAGCGUCACCGAACGACAUCAGCCACAGGGGACUCAGCUAGCACAGAAGAAAGAUCGGACAAGCGAUAGAUGCGCUCUGGAUCCAGCAGAUAACCACGGUCAGCGGCGAAGGCCAAUCAGGCCUGACCAACAUGCAUGACUGACGGCCAGACUAUUGGACGGCGACCAGAGCGGCCACCGUUGCUUAUCUCCCUGUAAGCUACGCCAAGGGAGUCGAGAUGCAAGCUUGUUGCCCUCCUUCCAGAAGAAGCUGCUCUCGAUCUCUCCCACAUCCAUCGCUUCAAGCUUCCCCACGCUCGUCGUGCUCAAGAGGGAAAAUACACCCGGUCACUGGCCGGUGCAGCAAUGGUUGGCUCAAGGUGUAGGCGAUCUCCGGCCUUCCACGCGAGUUGGAGAGUGACGCGCCCUGGAAGAAACACCUACUCCCUCUCCCAACGACCACUGACAAGAGCAUGGACACUGAAGAAACAAAAGCAAGAAACAUCUGCAGUCGAUGAUAACUUAGGGGUAGCUCGAUGGGUCAAUCCAUGCCCACACCAGGACCUGGCGGCCCCGACCGAAUUGGUCGAAUCAGGUCGGUGCGACUGCGAACAACUCGAAGCACCAAGACCCUUAUCUCGAAGAUCGCACAGUGGGGCACCAAAGGUCGAUGGAUGUCAGAGGGCUAGAUGGCGUCUCAGCGCCCAGAGUGACGGCGCCCUCCAUUUCAAUCAGUCGUGGCAAUUGCCGAUAUGGAAUCCUAUAUUACUUCCAUGUUCCCAUCGCCUUCUCGAGUGGUCUGAUGCUUCGGAUCUCCCUUCUUCAUCUCAUCGCCCAUUGAGCGCCUGCUCACUCUCCAAUUCUACGGACUUGUGUCUUGUCGACCAACAAUCCGCAGGGGCUUAACUCCGGCAAAAUGGCUUCCUACGAGAAGAACGGCUAUGAUGUCGAAUACCAGUAUCCUGUCACCUCAGGCGAAAAGCACCACUCAGUGGUCCCUCCGGACGCCUCAGGCGCCGUCCACGGAGAGUCAUUCGUGAUCGGGGACUCCACCUAUGCGAAGUUGCAACGCCUUGCUGGACGGUUCCAUAUUGAACAGCGAGGUAUUGAACGAGUUCCUGAAGAUGAACGGACGGACAAGAGCACUUUCAAAGUUGGUACCAUGUGGCUCGCUGCCAACAUGGUCGUGUCUUCUUUCGCCAUUGGUGUCCUCGCUAUACCCGUCUUUGCACUAGGCUUUGUCGACUCGGUGCUCACCAUCUUCUUCAUCAACUUACUGGGUAUUUUGCCCGUCUGCUUCUUCUCCACAUUCGGUCCUCGAUUCGGCAUGCGCCAGAUGAUCCUUGGACGAUUCUGGUUCGGAUACUACGGGGUCAAAAUCAUCGCUCUUUUCAAUUGUCUGGCGUGUCUUGGCUGGUCUUCUGUCAAUGUCAUCGUGGGCGCUCAGUUCCUCCGCGCAGUUAACGACAACGUACCGCCGGCGGCUGCCAUUAUCGUUCUUGCAGCAGGAACUUUUAUCAUUACCAUGUUCGGCUACAAGAUCGUGCACUUCUACGAGAUGGUCUCCUGGAUACCUAGCUUCAUUAUUCUCCUCAUCACGUUGGGCGAGUUUGCUCAUCGGGGUGACUUCGUCAACAUCCCAAUGGGUAGUGGCGAAGGCGAGGCUGGGUCUGUCUUGUCUUUUGCUGCGUCAAUAUUCGGGUUCGCCACAGGCUGGGCUUCUUACGCGAGCGACUACACCUGCUAUCAACCUGCCAACACCCGGCGGACCAAGGUCUUCUUCUACGUCUUCUGUGGGCUUAUGUUCCCUCUUUGCUUCACCCAGAUGCUUGGCGUGGCCAUCGCGACCGCGAUUCCCACGAAUCAGGCAUACGCGGAUGCCUACGACAAGAACGCUGUUGGAGGUCUUCUGCAUGAGGUCCUCGUUCCGCCUUUGGGUGGUUUUGGAGAAUUCUGCCUUGUCAUUCUGGCUCUUUCAACAAUCGCAAACAAUGCACCGAACAUCUACUCUCUCACGUUCUCUUUGCAGAUCCUUACGCACUAUGCGCAGCGAGUCCCACGCUUCUGUUGGACGCUGGUCGGAACCGUCGUCUACUGCGCCAUUGCAAUUCCGGGCUUUUCCCAUUUCGAGUCAGUGCUGGAGAACUUCAUGUUGGUGAUCGGCUACUGGCUCGCCAUCUACGAGGGUAUCGCUCUACCAGAACACUUCCUCUACAAGCGCGGGUUCUCUGGCUAUAUCCCAGAGAAUUACGAUCAGCCGAAAAAGCUGCCUCCUAGCAUUGCUGCAUUGAGUGCGUUCCUCUUCGGUGUAUUGGGUGCUGCGAUGGGAAUGGCCCAGGUGUGGUACAUUGGCCCCAUUGGCAAGCUGAUCGGGGUUGGAUACGGUGGUGAUAUUGGCUUUGAGCUGGCAUUUUCGUUCACCGCCGUGACGUAUGUGCCGUUGAGAUGGUUGGAGAAGAGAUAUUUCCACCGGUAGGAGAUGGCUCGGGGACCAAUGAAGCGUCGUGGGGGGGAGAGGAUACAGAGCUUUGAAGAGAAGAGAGCGAAAAGCAUUUCAUUAGACAUUGAUAUCACAAUCCAAGCCUAGGCCUAUCCGGGACUAGCCCGGUCAG